AUGGCUAAACAACUCCCAUCAACAUCUGACCCAAACCACCUUCUCCAAAUCUACUCCUCUCUCCACCAAGCCCACCACCACCUCUCCUCCAUCCUCUCCCAAAACCAACUUCCUUCUUUCCCUCUUCCACCACCACUACCACAAGAGAACUCUCUCUCGUCGGCCACUGGAGCUGAUGAGAAUGGGAACGAGCCUAUGCAAGUAGGUGAUGAUGAUGAUUAUGAAGAGAAUUCCAAUGAGGUGGUGUCUAUUGAUAAAGUGGAGGUGAGGAUGAGAGAUUCUUUUAUUAAGAAUAAGAGGCCUAAAAGGCCUCUUUCCCCAUCAACGGUGGCCGUGGCUGAGGAGAGGAGGUUGUCCGAUGAUGGGUUUGGGGGAGGGAUUAUGGGUUUUGAUCCUCAUGGGACUAGGUUGAGGGCUUUGGAUCUUAUCUCCCAGUUUCAUGGCUGA